AUGGACAAAUACGUGGUUAAACGGCCUCCCGGGGAGACGGGGGGCGGCGGGAAGAGGCCGCGGGCGGAGGAGCCCGCCUCAGGGCAGUCCCCCUGGCAGGAGAUCCGCGCGGAGGGCCUGAGCUGCGACUACCGGCUCCUCUUCGGCAAGGCUGAGGCUGACGAGAUCUUCCAGCAGCUGGAAGAGGAGGUGGAGUACUUCGAAGGUGACAUGACGAAAUUGCACGUGUUUGGCAAAUGGCAUGACAUUCCAAGGAAGCAGGUAACCUACGGAGACCCUGAGUUAACAUACACUUACUCGGGCGUUACCUUUUCUCCAAAGCCAUGGAUCCCAGUUCUUAAUCGUAUCAGAGACCGCAUCACUUUGGACACAGGACAUACUUUUAAUUUUGUUCUCAUUAACAGAUACAAAGAUGGUGGGGACCACAUAGGUGAACAUCGAGAUGAUGAGAGAGAACUGGUUCCACGCAGUCCUAUUGCGUCUGUGUCCUUUGGGGCUUGCAGGGACUUUGUUUUCAGGCACUGUGAUUCCAGAGGGAAAAAUGCAACGCGCCACAUUAAGCCCAUCAAACUGCAGCUAGCCCAUGGUAGCCUGCUGAUGAUGAAGUACCCCACCAAUGUGUAUUGGUACCACAGCCUGCCCACCCGCAAGAGAGUACUUGCCCCAAGAAUCAACCUCACAUUUCGGAAAGUGAUGACUAUAGCCAAGAAGUGA